AUGGCCCAACCAAAACUCAACUUCUUCGAGAAGAUCGCAAACUUGAGUGGUGUCAUCUACCGCUAUCAUGCCGCCCAAUUCCCCCGCCGGUGGGACCUCUUGAAGAAGGUUGCCGAAAGAGAGUUGGCCCCACCAACUGCCAAGGAUCUUCCCGCCAUCAAGAAAGACUUCUCUGCUUUGUUGAAGGCCAUCGAGACCAAGCAGUACAAGACCCUUACACUCAAAGUAGGUGUUUAAUUAUUAUUUGUUCUGUUUCUUUAGGGAUUGUAGUGAUUUCUAUCGUUCAUAAGCGGGAGCGCAAGCACUCUCAUGAUUUACUCACGGUUGAAAAAACCUUACGAUGGUUUCUAUAAAAAAUAUGUAAUCUGUUCAAUUUUGAAUAGCUUUUUUGUUUUUCAGGAAUUUCUAGUCUACACGGCUGUUGGUGUUGAAGUGAUCUGCUGGUUCUUUGUUGGAGAGAUGAUUGGCAGACGCAAUACCACUGGUUACCUUGUGCCCGGUUCUUAUGUCUCAAAGGAAACCAAGGUGGCUGCCAAGAACCAGGUCGUCGAGGACAAACACAACUUCUAG